AUGUCGGCGUCCCGGCCGCGUGCUCCGGGGCCCAUCGCAUGGCGUUCUGCCCUGAAGAACACCAUCUACGACGUGCUCAAAGCACGCGAUGGCUGGCAGGAGGUGGAUGAAGGCGCUGAGUGGGACUUCUUCUGGGCGGACAAAGGCUGGAUCCACAACGAACUGGACAAAAUCCACCUGUCAGAUUGGCAGCGCGUCAACCACUACCCAAACCACUAUGAGCUGACGCGCAAGGACCUGUUGCUGAAAAACCUCAAGAGGACCAAACGGCAGCUGGAGAGAGAGGACCGCGGCAUGGAGGCCGCACUGUACGGCUUCUUCCCGCAGACCUUUGUGGUGCCCAGCGAGUACCGCAUGCUGGUGGAGGAGUUCAGGCGGCGCGGGGGGACGUGGAUCAUGAAGCCCAUUGGGCGGGCCCAGGGGCAGGGCAUCUUCCUCUUCAACAAGCUCAGCCAGGUUCACGGGUUGUAG